AUGGGAAAUGGAGGAUCUGCGCCCGCUUCAUCCAAGGGCACGAUGACCAGCGCCUUCCUCACCUCCCAACACGGCGCGUCAUUUGUCUCGACUCUGCUCACCAAAAAGGGCAAGGACUCUGCUCUGCCCGACGGCACCCUUCUCACGCACGCCAACGUCGUCGGGCUCUAUCAACGCUACGUCGACCUUUACGCCGCCAGCGAGACCAGGUCACGAGAGGUGGCCAAGGCCAAAGACCUCUGCUUCCAGUUCCUGUGCUCCCACUUGGCCGAGGUGCUGGCCUCGGACGCCAGGCAGUCCAUCUUCGAGCUCUCUGCCAAAGCUCUGAAGAAGCUGCUGAAGAACGACGAGUUGGCGAUGGGAAGCGAGUUCAUGCUCUACAUCCUGGUCGGUGUGUGGGCGGACAGGCAGGUGACCCUGGCCGCAGGCGAAGAGUGGAGCUUUCCUGACGUCGCCGCCGAGGCCGGCGCAGAGACCGAGAUGGAGGUGGAGAUCCCCGAUUGGAAGUUCGACAAGGACUACACCCUCAAGCUGCGCGACGCCAUGGCCCCGCUGCUGCCGCACAUCCGCUUCCCGCUCAUGUCGGUUAAGCACCUGGCGGCCAUCGAGGAAGAGGGCACGCUGGUGCCCCUCUCCUACAUCACCGAGGCCUACCGACACAAGGCGCUGAUGGGCAUGGACGUGUACACGCCGGACGUGAAGAACAAUCCGCGACUCAGGGGCCGGCGCUACGAAACCGUGGCCGUGUGGGAUCCCUCGUGGCACGGCCAGCACGUCACGGUGAGUGCCGAUGGCAAGACCGUGUCAAAGUCGCAGGCCUACUGGUACUGCCUCGCUAUGGCCAAGGAGGGAUACAGCUCGGGGCGACACGCGUGGGCGAUCAAGGUCAACGGCGAUGAGGCCUACAUCGGGGUGGCGCGCAAGGAACUUACCCAGUUGGAUAAUUACCUGGGCGCCGAUGCCAACUCAUGGUCGGUCAACAACACGGCCUACGCGAGCAGCGGCUCGGGCAGCAGCAACCGAUCAUUCGGCGAGGCGUUUGGGCGAGGGGACGUAAUCGGGCUGGUGCUCGACAUGGUCGAGUUGAAGCUCACCUACUACAAGAACGGCAAGACGCUCGGCGAUGCCUUCACCAACCUUCCCGCCGGCGUCAAGCUGUAUCCCGCCGUGGGUUGGCGAGAUGGCACCAUGCAGUUCGUGUCCCCCAACUUGGAUGAGUAG